CGACACAAAAGACUGGAAUUCAAAGGAGAAGGCGAAACCAUGCCUGUUGAUGACCGAACAAACUCAGUCGAUGCUGACCGAUAUGCAUGGUGAUCCAAGGCCGUCUUUGUUAUGCAAUGGCUGGGUGUGCAACAAGCGAGAAGGUUCGCCGUGAAGAGCACUUGUCUGUCGUGUCUGCUAUCUCGCCGUUUGACUGGUGGGUAAAUAUGCCCUCCGAGGAAACGUAGCCCAACACCAUUCGAAGGACUUGUCAUUAUUAUGGCGACCAGGUUUAAUCGUGUCUUCGUUUUUCUGGUGAUUACGCUCGCGGUGUUCCUCUUCGCGUGCACCACCGUGUGGAACAUUGAGUCUAACGGAGGAGUAAUUCCAGGAAGAAAAGAUGCAUUAAUUAUUUUACCUCCAGUGCGUCGCUCUUAUGAGAAAUCAGCAACCAGUCUGAACACCAUAAGACUCAGUACCACAUGGAAUGGCUCUCAGGAUGUCCCUGCGAGCCAACAGGUGGCGAACGGUACUAUCACCCUUCAUGCAGCUGCAAAAUCCGACCAGGAGACAAUCCAAACUCUGGGAAAACAGCAACGAAUUGUUAUCAUUGGUAGCGGGCCUGCCGGUCUAGGUGCUGCCAGGAGACUACUUGAUCUCAUACGCAAGUCUAACGAAUCUGUGAUUACUAUCCUGGAAGAGGAGGGUAGACCUGGAGGCCUAGCCUCGUCUGUCAGGGAUGAUCAAGGCUUUCUCUGGGACGCUGGACUUCACGUCGUCUUCUCCCAUUACACUUAUUUUGAUCAUGUCGUGAACAUGGCUGUACCCGAGUGGAACUACCGGCGUAGGGCGUCAUUUGUCUUCAUGAAAGGAUCAGAUGCGAACAGGAGAUUCAUUCCUUAUCCAGUCCAAAACAACAUCCACACAAUGGAUAAAGGAGAUCAGCAGAGAAGUCUCCAAGGAUUAGAGGAGGUUACCAAACAACCGACUUCCAGAAAACCUACCAAUUUCGACGAGUGGCUGCUGCAGAAAUUUGGAGCGGGUCUUGCCGACAUUUUCAUGAGGAAAUACAAUCGGAAAUUCUGGACUGUUGACACCACAGAAAUGAACUCAGCCUGGGUUGGUGAGCGGGUUGCGAUACCAGACAUCGCAGAGAUUAAAACUAAGAUCGAAGAGGUUGACAACAAGACAGGCGCCAAGGAUUCUGAGCAGGGACUAAUCCCUUUCUUCCGUUUUCCAAAAUACAAUGGAACAGGUGGACUUUGGGAGUCAACUGCAAGACAGCUUCCAAGUCACUGGAUCCGAUUUCGUGAAAAAGUUAGCGGUAUAGAUAUUGACAAGAAAGUUAUUACAAUAGACAAGGGACACAAUUCUAAAUAUACUUUAGAAUACGAUACGUUGGUAUCCACGACCCCCUUGGGCAUUUUCACUGGUUUACUGAAAAGCAGUGAUUUGUCUUUGCAGCAAAUACAAGAGCAAGCAUCCAGGCUAGUGUACACACACAUUCAUGUCGUUGGUAUCGGCCUAUCAGGCCAGCCACCCCAGACGCUCGCUGAUAAAUCUUGGGUGUAUUUCCCCGACUCUGAUUCUCCCUUCUACCGGGUGACGAUGUUCUCCAAUUUUUCCGACGAUCAUGUACCAAAAUCAGGAAAAUAUUGGUCACUUAUGUGCGAAAUAACCGAACCGCAGAAAAACUUAGAUUCGGUCGUCUGGAAUAAAGAAAAUUUGAUAAAGGCGUCAAUAAGAGCCUUGGUCUUGUACGGGUUUAUCACUGAUGAUAUUGUAGUCUCCAAGUACUAUCGUCGCUUGGAGCACGGCUAUCCUAUCCCUUCGCUGAAGAGGGACAUGAUCCUUGAAACAAUACAGCCUUGGCUUAAAACCAAAGGCAUUUACUCCCGUGGAGCAUUUGGAGGUUGGAAGUACGAGGUUGCAAGUCAAGACCAUUCCUUCAUGCAGGGUGUUGAAGCUGUGGACAACUUUUUAAACGGUUUUCCUGAGAGGAUAUACCCUAACCCGAGUCUGAUUGAUUCCACGGAAAACAAGGAGCGUAAGAUCCCUGAGGAUUAUGUCAUCGUCAUUGCUCAGUACACAGAGAGCCUCGACUGGGUCAAGCCCUUCGCCGGCCACACCUUCGUGUACCACAAGGGCGGCGACCUGAGGCCGACUCGCAAAUGGCUCUCUUGGGAAAGUCUGCCCAACAUCGGUCGGGAGUCCCACAGCUAUCUGCACCACAUCAUCACCAACUACGACCAGCUCCCACGUGUGACUGUGUUCUACCCCGGCGCGAUUGCCGAUCAUAAGAACUGCCCGCAAAAUCCUCGUGUGUCGAUCUCGGCUGCAAAGCGCGGCAUUCCGUGUCGAGGAGACAGUCCUUUCAACGUGCACAGGGGACAUGUCAUUGGCGGCAGUUACCUGAAAAAGCCCAAGAACAAGUACUUUCGGCGAUCGGACUUUACUUUCCUGGAAUUCUACGAGUACAUUUACCGUCGGAAGCCAGCUCACCCAGUAAUAAAACAAUGCUGGAAGGGCUGCUUUGCCGCGACGAAAGCGAUGAUCAAGCGCCACCCAUUGGACUUCUACAUCAGAGCAAUUUCGACUCUGGGCAAAUCUUCUAACCCCGAGGAGGGCCACUAUUUUGAGAGACUAUGGUAUCACAUGUUCCACGAUAAAACGUGAUAGUUUUGGUUUUGUUUUGAUCUUACCUCGAUCCAAAAAUGUGUACUCCAAUCCUUAAACUUACGUUGCCUAAAUAUUACAAAGCACCCUCUUAACGGCUGAAACCAUCGUAUCAAGACAAAAUUAACUUCAAAAUUCUUCCAUUUUCAGUUUAAAUUUAUGACACUUUUUAAUAUAGCCCCGAAUUUCUCUAUUUACAGAGCAUGCUUACUUCAAAAAGGGUGCUUUGGGAAAACGAAGAGAUAAUCGCAGGAAAACUGGACGUCUUUGUUCAUAAUUCCAAAACAGUACACGGUGAAUUUUUUUACCAGCUUCCCAUUGAUGACAUCGACACUGAAAUACAUGUAUUAAUUUUGUGCAGAUGUACAUGUAACUUCCGGCGCAAACAUCGCAGUCUUCUGCUUAUUUCUCCUUUUGUUUUUCUGGACUGUUUACUGGCAAAAAAUUUGUUGACUCCAAGAAAUCAAGAUGUCGCCUGACAUGCUAAAUAGGCAUUUUGUUGAAAACCCAGUGCUUAGGGUUAUAGGAAAUGGCUUUAAGACGUCCUGUUUCCAAGGCGAACGGAAAUGAUGUCAAACUCGUCUAUUCAGCGAUAUUCAUGAUCACUCUGGACAUGCAUCUUGUGGGUAACGUAGGGUAGUCUGGUUCCUAGACCCAGUGAAUUUUUUUUAAUCAAAGGGUCCAUUAUCUAGUGGUAUCACGUAACAAAACCGAAAGGAGUUCAUCCCUUUUCCAAAAGCAUCCGAAAUAUUUGAAACUCUUUGCCGUCAACAUUUGGAUAGUAUCGCUGGUGGUCGGACAUUUUCAGUCGUGUUCACGAUCAACGAAUGAAUGUCCCAAAUGCAUACAGUCAUAAUGAAUAUAGUUAACGGAAGCGGAUCUUUCAAUCUUUAGCUUUCAGUUGUACUGAUUAAACUUCUCGUUUGCUCGUUUUGCAUCGAUAAAUGCACCGCAGCCUUGGUAAAGCAAGUGACCGACAAGGCCUGCAAAUGAAAAUGUUUGUGCUAUAUCCUCGUUCCACGUUUGAGGCAAUCUAGCGAAGCUAGCUACUGCUUGGUUUUUUCUUGUCUUAAAAAUUACAUUAUAGUUUGUUCUUGUGUAUUUUGUGCCAUUUGUACUAUAUUAUGUGAAGUAAACGUACAUCCCCAAAUGGAAUGAGCGAAACGGAAA